AGUCAAAUGUCAAUCUUUGUUAUUAUCAAAGGCAUUGACAGUGUUAGAUUUAAGGAAAGUCACAUAAAAUCUUCGAUUAAAAUUGAUUUUAUUAGUCUUUGCCUUUAGUUUUGGGAUAUUACAAGCUGAUAUGCUAUUGGGUCAUUUAUUCGAAGGAAGAUUUAUUGCCUUGUGCUCAAAAUGCCAGGCGCAAAAUACGAACAGCUGUCGUUAAAAAAUGAUGCCGAAGAAGAUGUAUUUACUAGUAAACCGAAAGGAAAAUGGUCAGAUAUAUGUUUUCAAAAAGGUCUUCUUUCAUUAGGCUUAAUACUGCUAUAUUUCUCUUUAUCUAUUGGGCUCACUUUCUACCAAAGAUGGCUCUUAAAGGAGUUUCACUACCCUUUGACGGUGGUAAUGUACCACUUGGUUGUAAAAUGGAUUCUUUCAGUUCUAGUCCGGUUGGUACUUUAUAUAAUAACUGGGACACCACAGCUAAUGUUGCCAUUUAUAACAUGUUUGCGAUCUGUGGGCCCUACUGGUCUCGCUAGUGGGAUAGAUGUAGGAUUUUCCAACUGGGGACUAGAACUUGUGACAAUAUCUCUCUACACUAUGACAAAGUCUACGACCAUUAUUUUUAUUCUUGGAUUUGCUAUACUUCUUGGACUUGAAAAGAAGUCAUGGUCCUUGGUCGGCAUUGUCCUCAUGAUAGCAGCUGGAUUGAUCAUGUUUACAUACAAAGCAACACAGUUUAAUCUACUUGGCUUCAACUUCCUGCUGCUUGCAUCGUUUGCUGCUGGUCUUCGAUGGACAUUUGCCCAACUGUUGAUGCAAAAAUCGAAAUUGGGUCUGCAUAACCCAGUUGACAUGGUCUUUCAUGUACAACCUUGGAUGUUUCUGUCAUUGUUGCCUUUCAUGAUAAUGUUUGAAGGAUUUAAGUGUAUUGAUUAUAUACUGAAACUUCCACAAGAAGAGAUGAUGCCGACGAUACUUAAGGUGUCUGUUGGGGCAACCAUUGCUUUCGCUAUGGAGAUAAGCGAGUUCUUAGUCGUUACUUACACGUCUAGUCUCACAUUAUCCAUCGCAGGUAUAUUUAAGGAAAUGUGCAUUCUGGUGCUGGCAGUGGAGGUUAGCGGCGAUCAACUUAGCCUCAUCAACGUAGUGGGCCUGGCUGUGUGUUUGUUGGGUAUCAUCGGGCACAUUGUGCAUAAGGUUCUGUUCAUCAAGUCGGUAGCUGGAACAGUACAUGCGAUUGACUUUGACGAUACUAUGCCCAGACCACGCCUAAAAUCCAAGGGAGAACAUAAUGAGCCAUUGCUAGACGCUAAAAAAUGGCAGAAUGCUGGCAGUGAAGAAAGCGAUUUCGAUUCUAAUGUUGUGUUAUUCGAAGUGUUGCAAAGGAGGGACGGAAGAUAAGAUGGUUGUCAACCAAUUAUAAUAUUUAUAAAUGUCUAGAUUAGGACGGCGAAUGAAUAUUAUUUAUCGUCAAAGAAUUUUUCUUAUAAAUUAAAAUAAUUAAUAGCCUUGAGCAUUUACUGGAUAUUCCUUUCAUAUAAGCGUACCUGCAGAGCGACGUAGCAUCGCUUGAUCUGAAACCACUGUCUUUUUGGACAGAUAAUUAUUUUAAACAUUUUUGUUUAAAAUUUUGUUUACCUUAUUCGACGUCCUAAUUAUAAUAAUUGAUGUUUUGUAUAAUGGAAAUGUGAAAGAAGUCAUAAAAGUAUUAUUGUAAAGUAACAAAAUAAUAUAUUCACUAUACAUAAUAUACAUAAGGUAUAUCCACAAUAUACGAUAUAGAAACUCUGGUAAAUAUUUUGACGUUGGCUUCUUUUACGUUUUUCAUGUGAUGUACUUUAUAUUUUAUAAGUACAUAAAAUGAAGUCUCUUUUGAGUUCUGACAGGUACAAUCGAUGUAUAUCGUUGGGAUUAUACGAAUAAUGAAAUAUAUAGAGUACUAGCUAGACAAGGUAAACGCUGGUUUGCCUUAUAAAUCAUAUCUAGGAAUUGUUUAAAAAUUUUAGGAUGGACCGGACCACACUUAUCACUUAGGCUUAGGGGUAUGAAAACUACAUAACAACCUUCUCUCAGACAUACUGAAUAUACAUACAAAACUUCAUCAUUUUCUUUACUAAAUUCAUUGUUUGCACCUUGUAGCUGUCACUUUCAUCUUGUUGUAAAUAGGAUUUUACUAUAUUGUUUCGUACAACUGUGCGCCUGCCAUAAAUUGUUUAUGGAAUUGAAGCCUUGAAUUAAAUUCUCUGGCACACUCAUCUUUUGGGAGUGAUGCAACUAAUAAUUCAUCCUGAGACUUUGCCAAGACUUGCCUCUAAGGUGUUUGUAGAGUUCCGAUGACUGAAAGUCAAAAGAGACUUCGUAAAGAUAUUAUUAUAAGAAAUAUUAUGUUGUAAUGGUUAAGAUUUUUGUUAUAUGAUUUGGGUAAAAUUAGUAUAUAAUAUAUUUUUGUUUUGUGAUUCGUAACAAAGUUAUAUAUGCAUAGUUAACACAUUCCAAGCAGUUAAAUUCAGAAACUCUUUAAGUUUCAUUACAAGCAUUUAAUUUAUAUUUUUUUUGUGUAUUUUCCUAUUGUAAGUUUUCAAAUUAUCGUAAUAACAACUGACGUUUUGCAAAAACGAGGCAGAUCAACGGCUGUGCAGAUCAUCUACCUAGUAGAUAUCGAUAUCUGUACCUAUUUCUUUUUUAACUUGGAAUCUUACCUUAGGGGAAACAUAUACAUGUGUUAAGAAAAUUGUUAUUGGAUGAUUUAAGAUUAAGUGAUAGUGAAUAAUCGAUAACUGUGAAUUACUAGUCUUAGUUAUUGACUUUUUUCUUAACAUAAAUGUGAAUCAGCUUUCAGUACCCUUAGUACUAGGCUAUAAAUACUACUUUUUAACAUAUAUUAUGUUUUCGAGUAAUUUAAAUUCUAAAUAGGAAAUAUGUUUGUGAACCAAAUUAUGGCUGAUUACUUUUGUUUUUACUUAUUGGUUAUAUUUACAUCUAUUCAAACUUAUAGACCUAAUCUCGGAAGGCGGUUUGAUAGUAAUUGUAAGAUGUACAGACAGACGUUUAUUAGGCGAACUACUGUGUAAAACUAAAUAUUUAACAAAACAUGUUUGUAUACAUUUUCCCGUUUGUUAGAAAAUGGGUUUCUAUGCCACACGUUUGCUCUCAAAUUUGUAUUUGUCUGACUCAGCCUUCAUGGUAAAAACCAAUUUGCGUGUAAGCAUAAAAUCUACAGUUAUGUUAUAAUAGUUAUUUAAUGAGCCUUUUUCCUAUAAAGCUUUUAAAAUAAUCCGCUACAAAUCGACUUAUGACCAUCAAAUUAUUAUUACUUUUAAUGACAAUUAUCGUAAGUGUCACUUUUAGUCCAAGUAACAUUUACAAAAAGUAAAAUUUAAAAAUAGUUUUUAGCCCUUAACUAGAAUCUCACCUGAUGGUAAGUGAUGAUGCAAUCUCAGAUGGAAGCGAACUAAAUUGUUAGGAGUAGGAUGAAAAUUCACACCCUUUCGGUUUCUACACGACGCGGAACGCUAAAUCGUUCCGCGUCCGAUUAAGUACAAGUAAGUAAGUUUUACAAAUGAUACCGAUUUUGAGGGGAAAAGUGAAAUAGGUCGAUACCAACUGCUUAGUUUAUUGUUAGUUAAACUAAUUUUAAAAUUUCAGUGUAUAAUAGAUGUACCUAAUUGAAUAAUCAAAUACUAUGUAAAGUUUCAAAAAAUCUUUUCUUGUAAAAUUUGAUUUUUACAGGAAAAGAUUUUCAUUCCAAGCAAUCCAAUCGUUAAUGGUCGAUUUGUUUUUAAUUUUCCAUUGAUAACUACGUCAGACGUAUAUAAUUAUAAAAGAUUUUACGGAAGAUGUGAUGUACUUGAAAAAGUAGAAAAUUGAAGAAUGCAUUGCAAACGGUAAUGAUAAAAAGACUAAUGAUUGGAUAUUACGGUGAUUUAGAUAGAAAAAUCAACACAUUUGUAAACACCUAGCAGAUUUUUUUCAAUAAGUUUAGAGGACUCAGGCUCAGAUUUACUAAUUAAAACAAUCGUACAUUUAAAGUUUAAAGCAUGUAGGUACCUAAUGUAGGUUACAUGCUUUCAUGACUGGUACUGUUAUUGACUAUUAACUACAUUAUUUAAGAAAUUAUUUACCAAUUUUAAGUCGCAUUACAACUUAAAUAAUCUCAAAAUAUGUAUGUAAUUUACUCAUAAACUUUGGUUUGAUUAUGUUGAUUGUAUUUAGACAUUAGUGUCACACGCUUUGGAGUGACGGCGUGUUUAAAAAUAUGAAGUCAUAUAAAUAAAUGAAUCAGAAUAUUAUGGGACAAUGACCAUUUUCCAGUCAUUUUGUAUGGACCAUCGCAUUUAUAAUGGCGCUAGAAAUUAGCAUUUAAAUGUUUUUGUAUGGAUUUUUUUGGAUUGUAGUGACCUUAUAGAGGGAAUAACAACUAAGUGCGGAAAUUAUAAUUAAAAACCGGCCAAGUGUCGGACCACGCGCAGUGCAGGGUUCCGUAAACUAAAUUAUAACGUUAAAACCUUAUUUAAUACACAAUAAUACCUAUAACGAUACCCACACAAUGGAUUUGACUAUAAAACAACAUCCUCACUUUGCAUGUAGGGAAAGAACCCAAAAAAAAAUUGUUUUUUAAUUUUAUUUUUGCCAUUUUAUGAACGUAAUUAAUAUAUACAUACAUACCUAUACUAAAUUUCUGCUUACUAGUUUCAAUAGACUCAGAGUUAUCUUACUAAUAACUUUAUCAACCCGACUUUACAUGUACCCUAAAAAAAUAUUUUUCAACAUUUUUAUGUACUUCCUCAUGAUAAUUUAUCAGAAACUAAGAAACUACGGAACCCUUAAAACGUGUAGAGAUCGAAAAUUAAAUCGUCAUGUAAAUAAGAAUGGAUCUCAAAAUACCGUCAUUAUUUUAAGCGAAUUACUUCAUCAUUCCGCCUUUGCUGUUAUUCAUAUUUUUCUACUUACAAAACAUACUUAAUGAGUCAGAUAUAUUAUCUUCUGUAAUUAUUACAAAAUCGAGCAUUGAGUUAUGCAUUGCUCUAAAGCUGAGUAAUUUUUGAUUAUAACUAAUGUUUGUAUGUAUACAUAGAAGAUUUGUUAAAAUAUAAAAUUGUAUUAAACGUUUUUUCACUAAGAAUCGAUAAUGUACGAGUAUAGAAAUAUAUGGGCGCAUGUAAAAAUGGAUUGACUCAUACUAUGUGAACCAAAUACCUCUUACGAGUAUAAAUGGAACUCCAUUCAUCAGCUGCUGCCCAAAAUACGGUACAUUCAGUGCCUUCUUCCACUGGGUAUUCUGGAUAAGUGCCCAUUGCAUAUUGCCCAUAAUGGGCUCUUCUAAUUCUUACCUGAUCCUUAUAUUUUUAUAUGUAUUCUAUUUUAUAUGUAUCUAUACUCACUUAGCCACUCAGUUUUUGCACUGAAAAUAUCUUGACUUUUGUUGCAAUUAUGUUUCCUUAUUUAUCUCAUAUUCAUAAAACGUAUUAAUGAAUAAAAAAUAAUCAGUCGAAAACGUAGGUAUUAUGCCGGAUCUCGUACUAUAUAGUAUUUAGAAUUUAAAACCUUGGUCCUACGUUUUCGACUGAUUAUUUUUUAUUCAUUAAUACAUUCUUUGAAUAUGAGGUAAGUAACAUUAUCCGUCAUUCAUUACUUAGCACUAAUGAGUAACAGAUGAGGUUAUAUAUUUGUAUUGCCGAAUCUUAGAGAUACUGUCAGAUAACUUCAAUUAGUAUCCGUUUGCAGGCUCUUCUAGCUAUAACUUUAAAAAAAGCAAGUUAGUAUACAUGAAAAAAAUACUUACAUUACUAACAACAAUUAUGUAACCUUUAUCAUUUUUGGCAUUUAAGAUUCUUGGUACCAUAUUUUUGGUUUUCUUCUACUCGUAUGUAAAAAUACAAAUAUGUGUAGGUACCCCAAGCAAUUAAUAAGUAUAUCUGUCAAUAUCUUUAUAUUCCACAAUCUUAUUAAAAUAAUGAUUUUUGUAAAUUUGCGCACGAAGCCAAAGACCUCGAUACUAAACUUUGUUCUUCUAGAAUAUAAUUUUCUAUAGAUAUUAAAUAUAUUUACUGAAAACCAUGGACCUUGAAAACAUGCAUUUCAUAAGUUUUGUACUUCUAUUUAAAAAAAUGUGAAAGCUUAUUUUAUUGCAUAUAAAUAUACACGUGACAUUUAUAUUUAUAGGAACGUGAUGCUUUCAUUUAUCAAAAGCUAUCAAAUAUUUCGAUAUCAAAAUUUAACUAUUUUCAAAAGUGUGAGAAAGUAUCAUGUAACAUUUUAAUAUGAAGCAAAAUGUAACGUUUCAGAAAUGUUUAUUACAUUAUGUAUACAUCGUUUAUUAUUUUACAUCGGUCUUUUAUUUACCAAUCCAAAGUGUAAAAAAGUUAAAAAAAAAACAAUUUAAAUGGCUUUAUUUCGGCUUUAGCCCUCUACUCCAACAAGCUUGUUUGUAUCGGUAUCUCGAAAUAGUUAUUUAUGUGCUGAAUGUUUAAUAUAGCGUGCGAAUAUAUGCACACUUCUAUUUUAAAAUUCCUACAGCACAGUUUUUAAACAACCAUCUAAAAAUUAACGUUUGAGUAAUAAAAUAUGUUUAAGACCAAAAAUUAUGAUAUUUAUUGUUUUGGUUUACUUUGGAAAAUCAAAUAUGUAUGAAACGCACAAAUCAGAACUCUGAAUGAGAAACUUUCCGUCUCCUCGGGCUCUAAUUCUCAGUACUAGAUGGAAUGUAUUGCACACAAAGUGUUAUGAUACUAUAUUUAUAGAUUAAACUUAUUGACGUAUUAAAACAACAUAUUAUACAAUUAUUUAUAGUAAGAUAAGAAAAUUUAUAAUAAUGCGCACACGAACAGUGCCUUAUUUCAGCUUUUGAUAUUUACAGAAUUAAACCGACCUAAUGGCGGUAUAACCAUUCAAAAGUUGCUGGAUUUUUUUUUUAAAAAAGGCGCGGCGUCGAGUGACAAGCAUCUCCGGGGGAGAUUCCGCAGCCAAGCCCCACCGACUAAACCUGGCAACAUUUAACGCACACACUUCAAAGACCGACCGACGAAAAGAUGAUCGAGUUGAAAGAAAUGAUCGAGCUAGUGAGCAAAUUGCGCUGGGAUGUGAUAGAUUGUUGUCUGAAGUCGGAAGAAAGAUGGAGGACGAGUCAAGGUUAUAGAGAUAACCUUGGAAUCCGGCAACUUGUCCGGCUACUGGGAGGGCUACCAACUGUCCCAGGGUUCCCCCUCCGACCGCCCCAAAAAAGGGCUUGAUAUUUUGGACGCCGACAUGAGAGCCAAAAAAGCAAAGGAAGUCGAAUGCGCGCAAGAUACAACGUGGGCAUUCUAAUGCUGGACAGCGAAACCCAUUUUGUGGGACCAUGUAAAAUGAUUCAUAUGAUACAACGUUGUAUGUUGUCAAUUUUAUGCAUAUAUAUUAUAUUUAAUCUAUGUAUUUACUUCCGUCCAGUAGAACUGAAGUUAGGGUGUUAACCAGGUAAAUCUCACCAAAACUAAUUAAAAUAAGCCCGACAUGGAGUACUACUUGAAAUGUACGAGGGCAAAGCCGAGGUUAAAAGCUAAUAAAAAGAUAUAAACUAAGAUUAUUUGCUGAAAGAUUUUUUUUCCUUUACGCCAAACUAAUAAAAGUUUGGCGUUUUAUGGUUUGCUUAAUUUUAAUAUUGUUGUUAAUUUUGUUAUAUCUUCUUAGGUAUAGGCAUUACUAUAAUUUUUUUCAAUUUUCUAACUAUUGUAAUAUUAUUCUGUAAUUUGUUAUAAUAUAUAGAAUAUAGAUACUUAUAAUUGUGA